AUGCCGGAGGGUUCAUACAUAAUUUUGAAAACAACAGACGAUCUUAACACCGAGCUUAUAUUUAAAAAGGACUUCAGAUGGACGGAACAGUUACAUGGGUUUAAGUUUUCAUUUAGUAAUAACAAGGCAGCAGUUCCGCACUCACUGCUUCGAAAGAUUGUUGGAAGUUCUCUUGUUUGGAAUGAAACAGCUGACAUGGAUACACAGUUAUUUUUACUAUUAAAUGAUAUAUCACAUUUCGACGACGAAGAGAAAGCUGGUGAAGCUCUAAUGAUAGUAAACACGUUCGUUGUAUUUACUGGAAAGAUGCAACCGCAAAAUGUUUUCACGGAUUUGGCUUCAGACGAACAACACGUAUAUGGUCCUAUAACUGGCAACACAAAUGAUAAUAUAUUCCGUUAUGAGACAGAACACUUCCUGGAUUUAUCUUGUCAAAAUUCAAGAUCAAAUUGCGGAACAAGUAUGUAUUUGAACAGGAGCAGGUGCUACAAAUGUGGUUAUAUUUGUGGACGGACCAAGAACACUUCACCCCAGUUUUGCCUAAGUGCUUGCUCAAAUUUUGAUCAAUAUACUAGUACGGGAACCUUAAGCCUUGUAGAUAUGUCGAAAAAUAGUCAUAACAGUUGCACGGACCCGUUGUUAUAUCAGGUGGCCAUAGCGAUACUGGUUGUGCUUCUAGUAUGUGUGACGUGCAAGUACUGUUUAGCUGGGAAUGAGAAGCGCAAGAAGAAAUCGUUGAGAAGUGAUAGUGUUGAAAUUACUGAUUUGGAGGAUACAAACUCGAAGGAUAUAACGUUUAAAAAG